AAUAUACAGUAAAAAUUUUUAGAAAUUAAGUAACCUUGUAUUUUCAUUUGCUCCUAAACUUAGAAUGAGGAUUCUAAUUCGUAACCUGGUAGCCAAAUUCGUAAACUUAAAGUCCUUUUAUUUGAAGUCUAGGGCCCAAUGUUAAUGAAAAUGCGUAAAAUUGGAACUAAAAGUAAUGUAUUAUAUAUUUUACAAUAUUGGUUGAUUUCUGCAAUAAGACGCUUAUUUUUUUGUAAUUUUUUUAAGGAUGUUUCUUACAAAUUUGGAUGAUUACAGCAUCACGGCAAUUAUACAGCAUUUAGAUAUUACCUCGUACAAAAGUUUUCUGCAGGUCUGCAAAAGAUUGAACCAGAUAGCAAGAAAGAAUGGAAAUGUUUUACUUUGGAAACACCAAAUCCAACACGAGUUUAUUAAAUCAAUACAAGCUGGUAGUAAUCGUGACAAUAUAUCAGCAACCAUGUUUUAUAAAUACACCAUAGAUAUAGUGCUAAAAUCUUUAUUGCAGACAGCUAGAUGUAUUGAGUUCCUGUCUUCUGUUAAGUUACACAAACAGAGAGAAGGGAAUCGGCAAGAAGGGAAUUUAAACAGUGAAAAUGAUAUGAAUGAAAGUAAUAGUAAGCUAUCCCUUGCUUUAAUUGACUUGCUGCGUGAAGCAGUGUUCUGUGAAACAGCUGGAAUGAAAUCGUUAUGUGAUAUUGGCUAUAAUACUGGUAUGAAAAUAAACAACUGGUAUAUGUAUCAUACAGCAUGCGAUACUCUUGUUUACAUAUGUAAUGUGGAGCAUCCAGAACAACAUGUGAAUGGAAAGAAUGAAAAUGCAAUAAUUGGGAUUGUUCAUAAUGAAGUUAAGCAUUCUACAAAAGUGUAUUGUUAUAAUGUAACGCAGAUUGAUUGGUAUGUUUAUGAAAUAAGUGAUGCAAAGUUUUCGAAGUCUAAAGAUGUAUUAAAACCUGCGUGCUGUGAAAUUCAGAAGCUCUUUCCAAAUAUAGAAGUAUCCCCCGAUCUGUUGAUAGCGCUGGGAAAUAUUGAUUUAGCUCAAGUCUCUGUUCAAAAAAAUAAACCGAACUUGUUUGCUAGCGCAGAAGAAAUUUGCAAUAUCAAAACCAACUUCAGUAAAGAUUUUUCAUUUCUUCCUGAAGAAACAAUGAAGUUGAUGAGUACCUUUGUGUCCAACUUGAAGAUAUUCUGCAAUGUUGCACCUUUCAAAAAGGUGGAACGUUUUUUAGAGUGCUUAAUUGAAUCGAUUGCUCCAUUUUUCAAGACAUUUGCUGUAUUCGGGUAUGGAGAAUUGUUAGCUUACUUGCCGCUCACCGAAAAAAUGUUAUUACAUGUAGAUAUAUGUAGUAGAUGUUAUAAAGAUGGAGAAGAGUGUAUAGACAUGUCACUUAAUAACAAUAAACUAAGGCUAACUUUACAUUGCACGAUACCAACAUGGCUUCAUAUUUUCCAAGAAAAUAAUCUUAAUAUAACCUGGACAGAUAGUUUUUCUCAAGAUUCUGAAAACGAAGAAAAAUUGAUUCUAUUAUUUGAAGAAUUUGUUUCUGAAAACUUUUCUUCAGAAGAAGUGGUGAACAUCCCUGUAUUGAAUUUAAGAUUCAUUGAGAGGUUUAUACAGUUAUUGUUCUCGAAAGAUGUGCCCGAAAAUUUGCAAAGAAUGUAGUUUUUUUCAUUGGAAAUAUUUCUGCAGUUUACGUUUUUUUUAAUGCAAAAAUUGUGAAAAAAAUAAGAAGUGAAAAUAAGAGCAAAGAAUAUAUAAAGAAGUUCAUUUUUUAGGUGAAAAGAAAACACACUUCUUUCUCAACUUAACCACAACACAGAAGUUAUGUAAUUUUUUUGACAUUCUGUAUUAUCUGCUAAGAAAGAAAGCAGACACUGCUGUAUUUUUUUAAAAAUUUGGUACUCUAUUGAUAUUUGUUAAUUUUUUAAUUUUUUGCGAACACGUGCACAGAAACGUAGAGGAUCAUGGUAUUUCGUCAA